AACGAUUUAUCACUCUCACAAUCUUACCUUUUUUCCACAAUCAAAAUUCUAUUCCCCCCACACACGUUAUCACUGACAGCCGCAGCUUUUCAAGAAUUGAUCUUUAUUUUGUAUCUAUUUCCGUUUGAUUGUUCUACACAAAUUACUCGUUUGAUCACAAGCUAUACAGCCGCAUACAUGCAUGUACGUGUACCUAUAUGCAAAUAUUAGGAUCGAAAUCGAAUCGAUGCCCUAAAUUUUUAAGUCUAGGUCAAGAUUAAAGUUUUUUCAUUAGACUUGACAGUGAUUGAGAGAGGGAGUUUAGAGAGAGACAGAUUCAAUGGUGGAUCAAGAGGAGGACGAUCUGCAGGUGGAGAUGAGGAUGAGUAUGCAGCACGAUUCGCCUGGGCAGAAAAGGAGUGAACCGAGAGAAAACACCGGCGGAGGCGAUGGUCAAGCGGAGUCGCCGGAGGUGGCACUGAUGUCAGUCGCGGCUGAGAAGGCAAUGAUGGUGGCAAAGAAUGCUGCGUCUGUAAGUUCACCUUUGAAGGUGGAGAGCAAUGUUGGGGACGCGAAGGAAGAGAAAAUUGGUGGUGUAGAUGCCUCUGAGGGGGGAAAUGUGAAUUUGGGGAAGGAGAUUUCGGCAGACGAGGCGAAUCAGUUGUUUUCCAUGGUUUUCGGUAGUGAAGUGACCAAGAAUAUACUUGUGCAAUGGAGUAAUCAGGGUAUUAGGUUUAGCCCUGAUCCAGAAACAUCUAUGGGCUUAGUGCAGCAUGAAGGUGGGGCGUGUGGUGUAUUGGCAGCCAUUCAAGCAUUUGUUCUCAAAUACCUUCUGUUCUAUCCAGAGGAAUUAGGUGAAGUUGCACAAGUCAUGCCACAAAAGUCGGGUUUAAGGACAUUGUUUGAAAGGGAAUAUGUUUCAUCAAAUAAUUUUGCUUCUUUUACUGAAGAUAGAAAAUCAAGAGCCUUGGUCAGAAGUAUGGGUGAGAUAUUAUUUCUAUGUGGAAGUAAUAAAAGGGCUGUGAUUGCAACUCUAAGCAUUCUUGAUAGUGAGAUUGGGGUAUCUGCAGACAUCAGGAAGGAUGAGAUCAUUGGAAAGGCACUUGAAGGUCUUUCAAUUGAAUCAGGUUCUGAUUUGCAGAAAUAUUUGAGAGUUUACACAUACUCCUCGCGGGCAAUUGUACUGCAGAGGCUCGAAGCAAUGAUCUCUGUUUUCCGAAGCCGUAUGGGGGCAAUGUUAUUCCUUAUUUCUGCUUUACUUUCGCGAGGACCGGACUCUGUUCAAGCUGACAGAGAUGAUCCCAGUCAAUCUUUAGUCACUGCUCCAUUUGGACAUGCCUCACAGGAAAUUGUAAACUUACUACUUUCCGGGCAGGCUGUCACUAAUGUGUUCGAUGGGAGAAUGGACUUAGGUGGUGGCAUGUUUGUGAAAGGUAUUUCUACAAUUGUGGAAGUUGGAUUCCUUACUCUGCUGGAGUCGUUUAAUUACUGUAAGGUUGGCGGUUCUCUGAAAUGCCCAAAAUGGCCAAUAUGGGUUGUUGGAAGCGAGUCUCACUAUACAGUCUUGUUUGCCCUUGACACCUCUGUUCAAAACGAGAACGAACUUGAAGAGAGAGAAACACAGAUCCGGAGAGCUUUUGAUGCACAAGAUCAGAGUGGAGGUGGCGGCUUCAUCGAAGUGGAAGGGUUCCAUCAAGUGCUCCAGGAAACAAGUAUUUACCUUCCAGAUGAGAAGCUGGAUCGACUUCGCAGUACAGGCCUUAUUCUAUGGAGCGAGUUCUUGCAGGUUCUUAUAGAUUUAGACCAGGGUUUGGGAGGCUUAAAGGAUUCAACUGGUCUUAUGGGGAGGAAGGUGUUUGAUCUUUAUCAUUUUAAUGGGAUUGCAAAAUCAGUUUUGAAUAGCAGGCAAUCAAUCUCUGGAGGUCAGACUUCGAUGCAAAGACCGAGACUCACAAAAUUGAGGGUUUCAGUUCCUCCAAAGUGGACUCCCGAGCAAUUCAUGACAGAUGCAGUAAUUUCUUCUGGUUUGUGGGGGUAUGAUUUAAACAUGGAAGAUACUGUUCUUCAAGUGGCUGAACCCGAGCCUUCCCGGCAUGCACCAUUGGUGGAAUGCAUUAGAACGCGUUGGCCCCAUGCCAUUUGCAAUUGGGAAGGGGAACCACCUAGCAUAGUCUGAAUGGUCCCAUGGAGCAUAAAUUCAAAAACAAGUGCAGGUCAGAAGGGGGAGAAGACAUUGUUACUGCAUUUUUCAGUCAAGCUACAUACUAGACCAUCUAAAAUUGUGUAUUGUUGUGACUGUCACAUUUUAAUUUGAUUUUUACUCUUCCAUUGCUAAGGAAAUGGAGAGAUUUGUGGUAUUUCUUGUCCAUCAUAUAUGCAAGUCAUUUUUAUAUGUAAUAUGUGCAUCCAAACUUUAUAAAAUGUAAAAAAAUAUUUUCCAGAGACUUGAAAUCAAA